AACAAGAAAAGGAUAUAUGUUGAUAUGGCCCAAAUUCCGUCUAGAAAAUGUGAUGCUUGCAAAGGUGAAACUAUAUACACAGCUUCAGUGUAUUGCGAGGAAUGCGAACAGUCUUUAUGCAAGGGAUGUAACGACUUUCAUGACCGAUUUUGUAAGGAUCAUAAUGUUUUUGACAUAAAUAAAGCAGGUAAUCGCGUGUUAAAAGCAAAACCAGUUUGUGAAUUUCACAAGAAAAAAUACCUUUUUUUUGCAGUACAUGUAAAUGCCUUACAUGCGACGAAUGUAUGACCAGUUCUCACAAUGGACACACAACUGACACAAUUAAAAAGAUUGUUGAUGUGUACCGAGUAAAUGCAAAAGAAACCCAUGAGAAGUUGAAAGCGAAAGUUGAAAUUGUACAGAGGACAUUGAAAACAAUUAAAACAAACCAAACGCAUCAGAUUACAUCUGAUUUUGACUCUUACGUUCUUAAAGUCGAGAAAACAUGCUGGGAAAUGUAUGGAAUAGUUGAUCAUACAAAAAAAAUACACAUGACCGCUGCAUCGGACUUCCAAACGAUUGAAAAACAAGAUUUGGACAUGAAGCGAGUUUUCUUUAAGCGUCAAUAUGAUGAAUCAUCUGGUAAAUUACUUCAGAUCGACAAUCUACUGAAGGAAUCACACGACGUUACUUUUUUUACUGACUGGAAACGUCUUAAAACGGAUGUACAGAAUAUGAUUGAAAUAGAUCAAACCCUCCAAAAUCCAAGACGAAUUGAAAGUUUUAACGAAGAUGAUUUUAUGAAAGCAGUUAUGGAAGAAAUAGAUAAGAGGCUGAAAAGAAGUAUAAUCAAAGAAAAAGAAACUGAAAUUGAAUUACUGACAAAUGCAGUAAAGGAAAAAGAAACAUUAGCCUGCGAACUUAAGAAGGAAAACAGUGAUUUAAACAACGUAUUAAGACACAAGCAAGCAGAAAUAGAAAAGUUAUCGCGACAAAGCUGUGGAUCGUCGACUGCAAAUGCUCGAUAUCGAGUGUGUGCUGCUAUAGACUUCGGUACAGCAUAUUCAGGCUAUGCUUUUAGUUCCAAGGAUGACUAUACAAAGGAACCAACUAAGACAUACUCGGCUAUUUGGUCUGGAUCUAAACUAUUGUCAUUAAAAGCACCUACUGUUGUUUUACUGAAUAAAAGUCAAGAAUUUGUAGCAUUUGGAUAUGAGGCUGAAAAUAUGUACUCUGAACUUGUAUCGGAUGGUGAUCAUGAGGAUUAUUAUUAUUUUCAUUGCUUUAAGAUGCUUCUCCAUCAGAGGAGAAUCACAAGAGAUAUAAAGAUAAAAGAUGAGCUGGAUAAAGAAAUGGAAGCUUUGAAGGUGUUUCAGUAUGCAAUUCAGUUCCUGAAGGAUCACUUAUUUAAGAGUAUAUCAGAUAAAAUAAAAGGUAUCCAGGAAAAUGAUGUGCACUAUGUUCUAACAGUACCUGCUACAUGGGAAGACUCUGCCAAACAAUUUAUGAGAGAAGCUGCAACAAAGGCUGGUAUUAGAAGUGGACAGUUGAGUAUUGCUUUAGAGCCUGAAGCAGCUUCUAUUUACUGUCAGCAUAUAAAGACUGAAAGACAGGAUCCUAAAGAUAAAAAUGCAUUUGCACAGACAAUUAAAGCAGGAAUGAAAUACAUGGUAGUUGAUCUUGGAGGUGGCACCGCCGAUAUUACAGUUCAUCAAAGAUAUGGAGAUGGUUCACUUAAGGAAGUUGUUCCUGCAAGUGGUGGUCCAUGGGUGGUAAAUCUAUAGAUGAAGCUUUCCAUAGCUUUCUUAAAAGAAUUUGUGGACCCAAAGUCAUGGAAGAAUUAAGAAAAACUGAACCUGAGGACUUCCUUAACUUAUUUAGAGAAUUUGAAACUAAAAAGAGGUCAAUACGUGUAAAUCAAACUAACAAAGUAGUCGUUACAUUGCCUGUUGCCUUAAUUGAUUUAGUAAAAAGCCAUAGAGGUAAAAUGGAGACCGCUCUAGAGCAAUCACCAUACGGUCAGGAAGUUUCCUACAACAAGCUAAAGCUUCACAUUUUCCCAGAUACAUUUAGAGAUUUAUUCAAAUCUACAACUGCAGCCUUAAUAACACACCUAGAAAGAAUGUUUCGUGAUGACAAGUUAUCUGAUUUAGAAAAUCUUAUUAUGGUCGGAGGAUUUUCAGAAUGUGAGCUUAUACAGCAUAAAAUGAAAGAAACAUUUGGAAAACAUAAAAAGAUAAUUAUUCCUGAAGAAGCAGGUCUGGCUGUCCUAAAAGGGGCAGUUUUAUAUGGCCACCAACCGAAGGCUAUCAGCGCUAGAGUAUUUCGUCAUACUUAUGGUAUCCAGAGCUGGCCAGAAUGGGAUUCUCAAAUGCACCCUCAAUCGAAGAAAGUCAAUCUGGGUGGUGUUAAUCGUUGCAAGGAUGUAUUUUUCAAAUUUGUCCAAAUUGGUCAGCAAGUGGAGACUGGUCAUGAAGAAUCCCAAGUAAUCCAAGUUUUGAAAUCCGACAGAAGAACCCUAGAGUGCAAAAUUUACGUAUCAACAGACCCUAACCCACGAUAUGUUACCGAUCGAAGCUGUCAGAGACUAGGUAACUUAAUCAUUCCGUUGUCAGAAUUCAGAGCUGGACAAAUAUUAGAGAUAGAAGGGACGAUGGUAUUUGGUGACACUGAUCUUUUAGUCCGAGCAAGAGAUUUGCACACUGGAAGAGUUGUUGAAUCACAGUUUAAUUUGUUAUAAAGUGCCAAACUAGAUUAUCAUUUACUAAGUGAUUCAUUGUACGUUGGCAUGCUUACUGUAAAUUGUAUUUUACCAUAUUAUAAGAAUUGAUUUCCUAAUUUACUUGGAUUCUAUCAUAUGAAAUAAAGGAUUUAACUUCAAUAGCGCCAUUGGAUAACUAUUUAUAGAGGUAUCCGUAAUUCCAUAAAUGUUCCCAUUAAGCUAUUAAAUUUGCAAAAGGGACCAAUUUUUGUUUUAAUGUUAAUUUAUUCAUGUUUAGUGGACUUAUACAUAUGGUCUGCAUACAAGACUAAAAAAUGUGUACUUUGUAGAACUUUUAAAUUCUUUGUUCACCUGUACUCACGAAAUCCACAAAAAUUAUAAUAAUGAAUCAACAGUAAUAAGUAUCGAUUGACAACUAAAUUAUCACAAAACAAUUUUAUUAGCGGAGCAAUGACCAAUGAAUUUAACGGAUAUUUGCAAUCAACAAAUAAAAAAUUGAUGCCUGCAAAUCUUCAAAUACUUUAUUAUUAUACGUUUUUUUAUCAGUUGACAAAAUUCAAAGAAAUUUUUAAUUCUUCACAAAUAUAAAAGUUGAUCAACGUAAACCUUAUAAAAGAUUAAUGAUUCAUUUUAAUAUAACGUCCUUCUUUCGCUUUGGAAACAAAGCCAUGUUUUAAUGACAAUAAAACAUGGGUUGCACGUGAUUGAAAUUGCAUCGUGAGUUGUAUUUUGAACAACGCCGGAGGUCGAAAUGGACAAUUUUGUUGGUGUUGCUCGCUAGGAAAUUAAAUAAUCAUUGUAAAAGUAAUUUUACGUAUAUAUGUUGAUUUUUAUUGUUCAACUGUUGAUUUUCUGUUAUGUUUUUGGUUCAUCAAAUCAAAAUGGCUGCAUUUUCAAUGUGUAUUAUAGGUCUGCUUCGAAGUACAAAAGUUCUAAAUAUUACUAGAAGAAUUUUAUUUGUCAAUAUUUUACACGCUCGGUAUAAAGAUAUUGACAAAUAUAAUGUCUACCUAUGUUAAAAUGACCAUAAAGCAUGGCAGGAAAGAAUUAUUUCUUAACUGUUAAAUCUAAUGUAAUCUGUGCAAUAAUUUUAUAGCUUAAAAUUAAAUGUUGGAAACAAUUAAUAUGCUACCAAUUA